AGAAACGGCCUGAGAGACGGAAGUGGGAAGGCUAGACUGAACAUUAUCAUGACUGUAAUAUGUAUAUUAAAUUAGUCUUGUAUUGAUUAUAUCGGUCUUGUAUUAGGUUUACAUUGAUAGUGAUCACUUAGCCUAUUCGUGUUUAUCUGAUAAUGUAUUUUUAAGUGUUAUUGUGCAAGUCUACAUUACGACAUUCUCACUUCCCAUUUAACUUGCACCGUGUUACCGUUAGAGGAAUGUAUAUGUGAUUUCCAGCAAGGGGAGAUACGCAUUUCCCCAGAAACAUUUAUGGUGAAAGAUAUGGAUUCAAAUUAAUCGAAAUGAUCUGCUGCAUAUACGUAGUGGCGCAUUUUAUAUUGAUGAUCAAUGUCGCCGGGACGCUGGACGUAAAGCCGCCACCGGAUGUCAAGAUAGUAGGAUCACAACUACAAUGGAAGUCUCCCGACGACAAAAAUGUCUUGUAUUAUGUACAGUAUAAACAUAACUCUGAUCCAGCAGAUGAAUGGCACAAUGUUUCAAGCUAUAAUGGAACAUCAUUAAAAACAUUUGAAAUUACUACUGAAUUUUAUGGAGCAAUAUUUCGAGUGCGUGCAGAGAAAGACAGCCACACAUCAGCUUGGCAGAUUUCUAAACCGGUCCAGUGUAUGAAUCUUAAUAUCUGCAUUCCUUUGAUGACUGUGAAUGUAAAACCAGGAAUGACUUUCCUAAAUAUGUCACAUAUGGACCAGAGCUUGAAGAAAGAACAUGGAGGUCAUAUUGCCUUUAAUGUAUCAUUUUGGAAAGUAGUCAAUGGACGGCACUCAGAGGUGGUGUUUAGAGUUACACAUGACAAGACUACAAGCUUUAAUGAUCUGGAAUCAGGGCAGAAGUACUGUUUCCAGGUCCAGUAUUCAUUGUAUGAUAAACCCUAUGGAAAUACCAGCGAACAGCAAUGUGUAAACAUACCAGAAAGACCAGAGGAGGCAGAGAAGCGUGUUUUGCUCACAACCAUCAUAAGUACAGUAUUAGUUUUGACCAUUUGUGGUUGUUGCAUUUUUGCACUUUUCAAGAACCACAAAAAGUUUAAACAGAUCCUUAAACCCCCUAUGAGUAUUCCCGUACACUUUCGAGAGUUCUUGACUCAGGAGUUUCCUCAGCAGCCACGUCAAAGUCCCAGCGCUGAAAGUUUACCGUCAUGUGAUGUAAUCACAUUAAUAGAGAAUGGCAAUAUAGAGGAGAUUGGACAAGAGAUAAGAUCUUGAUUCUGGUUUUGACAUUAAGAUUAUGAUCGUUUUUAUAUGCACAUUCUUACACACACAUCACAGAUUCAACUCUGCCCUUGAUAGGUGUUUUUUUUAAAGCUGGUCAUGAAUUUCAAAAGAUUAGGUUGCUUUUUUUGAGCAUUAGGUUUAUUUUGUUUUAAUUAGAGUUACAUUUUGGUUUGCAAUGUUCAGUGUUUGAGGUUUUAGUACUGUAACACUAAAUACAUAAAUCAGCAUUAAGUGUGAUUAAUGAAUAGAUUGUCUGUAACCUUAGUAUGCAAAAAAUAAUUUAUAAAUAUCCGGAUGGUCUACUUCCUCUGCAGAGAUUUCUCAGUCAGUGCUUUCCAAAUGGGGUUAAUCCACCUGAAACGGGCACUUUGUACUGGGAACAGUCUGUCGCUCCAAACGAAUGUGUUUAGGACUGGUCACUUUAAAGAGCCUUGAAGAAGGACAUACACUUUGCUACCAUGAUUGUUUGCACAGGUUCUGUGUUCGGACGCUGCUUACUACAUCUUAUCUCUUUAAAGCUCUCAUUCUAGGGUGGUAAACCCUUCGAAUGAAUAAGGGCAAAGAGAUGAGCCCUUUAGAAGGGAAAGCAGGGAUAAUGCAUAGGAUGCACACUUAAGCAGAUUCUUUCAAGUGUAAGUGAUAUAGGUACCAAGCAAUGUAUUACUCGUAGUUAAAUUGUACUUUAAAUUAACAAAACCCAAGUAAAUUAUUUCUUAGCUGUUGUUGUUAGUAGCGUUGGUUAGGGGUUAGCUCAAGUAAAUUUUUGCAAAAUACAUGAUAAAAAUACAUGAUGGUUUUUGUUUGGCACUAAAAGCUGAUAUUCCUUUACAUUUCUCCUUGUAUAAAAAAAUGGCAUUUUCUUUUAAAUUCAUACACAGUUGCUGUUAUAUUUGCUGAUAACACCUUAUGAUAAUGUCCUUAACUUUAUAUUUAUAACUUUUGGUUUCAUUUCAUAAUGUUUUGGAGCAUUUCUUUAAUUCCUUUCCAGCAUACAAGAGUGCCGUACAUACUGAUGAAUCCUAUAGACCCUUUUACAGCCCACGUGAUCAAAAAGCCUGGGCGUGCAUUUUGGCAACGGAAGUGGUGUUGUUCCUCAGGGGUUCUGACGUGUUAGCAACUCAGAAAGUUUAUUAAAAUGGUUUCGAAAGCAUCAAAACGUCUGGUUGUUGCGUUUGGUUGCACUAAUGUAUGUAUAUUUGUAUCUGGCCACUUUAUAUUUGGCCAUCCGCUAACGUUUUCUAUCCACUUCACUAUAAUACACGGAUGUGGUAGCCUUUUAAAAUAAUUUGCUCUGUCUGUGUUGCUUCACUGCUGAUUCUUGCCGCACUUCCGUUGCCAAUACGCGUGUGAAUACGUUGCCACGUCAUCAUUGUGUACAAACAGUAAAAGGGUCUAUAGGUGGUGUUGCUUUUUAAAAAGAUGAGUUGUGUGUAGGGGUUUGACUGUAGUAAAUUAAAUACUAUAAUGUAUUUGUAGAUAUUUAGGAAACAUGCAAAGUUCACGUAUCUGUUUCUAUGAAAAAACAAUGCUGUAGCCAUUUAUUCCCUUUUUGAAAUAAUGCACCUUCCGUGUCAGAAUGUCUGUUUUUGUUUGUGAUCCUGCCCACUGCCAAUUCACCCAAUAGUGUGUUUCGACAGCUCCGUUGGUUGCUUAAGUGAAACCACAGUGGCACAUAAAUGUGACAUAGGGUGGAUGCAACUUCCAAAAUGAGUUUAAAAAAUCCACGAGCUGGUUUGUAAUUUGUAGACAACAAAAACAUUGCAAAUGUUAAAAUGAGCAGAUCAACUUUUGCUUUCCAUCAUCUGUUCGGCUUCUGUAUGUGUCUGGAAACCUGAGAACAGGGCAGGGAAAAACGUUGUCUCCAAUAUUUUGAAUUUAGACUGUGAUACCAAGUUUAACAGCUAGAAGUCAAUGUUGUUACACACAGCUUCUUUAAAGGAACACGCUGACUUCUUUAGCUCAUUCACUGUAGCCCCCAGAGUUGGAUAUGUCCAAACAUACCUUCUCUGUGCCUCCCGGAAAUCUGUCUGGCCCACCCACCGCUAGCCUAGCUUAGCACAAAGACUGGAAGUAAAUGGCUCCAGCAAGCAUACUGCUUCCAAUAAAUAUCGCCAACUUUUUAAUGUCUAUUUAUAUGUUGUGAUUUGUGUAGUGACAGCGUGUACAAAUAACAAGGUCAAAUGAGACACAGUCAUCUUUUAACUGUAUACAUACUGGAAACUAUAUUUUUUUAGAAGGCAAAGCACUGCUACCAUGUUUGUAAAAAUGCUUAUGUGAUAGUGCACAGACACCAUUUUAUAGGUGAUACCAAAUAUUUAUUGUAAGAUUAAAUUUAGUUGGUUUCAUUCACUUAAAAAUUACUGUGAUGUUAAAAUGUAUGCUGUUUGAUUGACUUUCAUAUUGUAUAAUCAGUGACAUUACUGCUGUGCCAAUGUGAAUGUUUUUAGACGGUCUUUUUGCAAUAAAGGUCCUCAGUAUUAGA